AUGGGUCGCAGCCUGCCAGUGCCUGUCCCUUGCCGCGUGUGCGGAGACAAAUCUUACGGAAAACACUACGGCGUGUACUGCUGCGACGGGUGCUCCUGCUUCUUUAAAAGAAGCGUCAGGAGGGGCUUGCUCUACACCUGCAUAGCGGGGCAAGGAGCGUGCGUGGUGGACAAGGCCCGGAGGAACUGGUGUCCGCAUUGUCGGCUGAAGAGAUGCUUUGAAGUUAACAUGAACAGAUCAGCCGUACAAGCGGAAAGAGGCCCGCGCAAGAACAAAAGCAGCAAGUCCGCCCAACUCGCGCAAAGAUCAACUUUGAACGACCAACAGAAGCGACAAACGACUGAAACUCACAAUCAAGCUCGGCCGGUCGGCUCUCAGUCGGCUUUUUACUCGCCCACGACCCUCAGAACACCAUCCUAUCCGUUCGUCGAAUUCCACUCAGAGCACACCAGUCCUUUCCAAAGGGUCAGACCAUCAGCCAUCAGCCCCAUGCCGAUGAGUUUCCUUACUCCUUUUCUCGCUAAUGGCUAUGAAGCGGGGUGCCACCCGGGACUGUAUCUACCGCCGCCGCCACGGAUGCUGCCGACGGAAUCGUCGCAAGCAGAUUUUUUCUCACCCAUUCAUCACGAGGUGAUUCUGCGCUGCCGGGCGGCCCUGAUGACUAUUCUAAACCGCGAGUCCGCGCUGCCGGCCCUCUCCUGGAGCCGUCCGACUUGAAUUUGCUGCUGUGUAGCUUUCCGUGUGCAGUGUCAAUAAAUCCGCCCAAA